AUUAGAUUAGUUUGCAGCCCUGGUCGAAAGAAUGGCGGUCUACGCGGUGUGGAGGAGGAAGAAGAAGAAGAAAAUAGAAAGGAGGAAUAUAUAAAUGCAAUUAAAUCGAGGAUCGCCAUGGCGUGACCCUCUUCCCUUCUCCAUCGCUUCUUCACCUUCCGCUUUCCUCUUCGGUGCCGUUUUGUUACCGGAAGAAAUAGCGGGGAUGGUUUUCCGUCGGCGGCCGAUGCGGAUUCCGCAGUUGAUCCUCCUUCUCCUCGUUGCCUCCGCUGCCGUGGUGUUUGCCGCGCAACAUCCGGCCGAAGCGUUCAAGGCAGGCCUGAGGCUGGAGAGAACGCUGCCGACGAAGGGCGUCCACCUGGAUCAUCUACGAGCCCGCGACCGCUCCCGCCAUGGUCGGUCCUUGCUCGGCACGUCCGGCGUCGUGGAUUUCCCCGUCGAGGGCUCCGCCAAUCCCUUCACCGUUGGGCUUUAUUACACUCGCGUGAGACUGGGGAACCCAGCUAAAGACUAUUAUGUUCAGAUCGAUACAGGGAGCGAUGCCUUGUGGGUGGUAUGCAGUCCUUGCGAUGGUUGCCCAAGUUCUAGUGAGUUGAAUAUCCAACUGAACUUUUAUGAACCGGACAAGUCAUCCACAUCUACAGUCCUUACUUGUUCUGACGAUCGUUGUAACUCUGCUCUCCAAAUUGGAGAGGCCAUGUGUCCUUCUGCCUCUUCAAGUGAUGCCUGCAGUUACUCCUUCAAGUACGGUGAUGGGAGUGGAACUGCUGGUUAUUAUGUAUAUGAUACUAUCUACUUUGAUACAAUUACAGGAAAUCAACAGCCAUUGAAUUCUUCAGCUCAAAUUGUUUUCGGAUGUAGCAGCUCACAAUCAGGGGAUUUGACAAAGUCAGACAAGGCAGUUGGUGGGAUUUUUGGGUUUGGACAGAACGGAUUAUCUGUCAUUUCACAACUGUCUGCUACAGGUGUUGUACCUUCAGUUUUUUCUCACUGCUUGAGGGGUUCAGAAAGUGGUGGAGGUAUAUUGGUUCUUGGGGAGAUUGUGGAACCGGGUAUUGUCUACACCCCGCUUGUGCCCUCCCAGCCUCAUUACAAUGUAAACUUAGAGAGCAUUGCUGUCAACGGCCAUACGUUAUCCAUUGACUCAUCAGUGUUCACCACAACAAACACCCAAGGAACCAUUGUCGACUCUGGUACCACAUUGGCUUACCUUGCUGAACAAGCUUAUGAGCCUUUUGUUAAUGCGAUAGUGGCUUCUGUUUCAUCAUCGGUGCGUUCAGUCCCUGCUCCUGGUGGAAAUGAGUGUUUUGUGACUUCCAGCAGUCUUGAUGAAUCAUUCCCUUCUGUCACACUGAACUUCAAGGGCGGUGCUUCCCUGUCACUAAAUCCUGAGGACUAUCUAUUACAGCAGGGUGCUAUUGAUAAUACAAUCAUAUGGUGUAUAGGCUUUCAAAACAACCAAGGUUCAGGAAUAACCAUUCUAGGAGACCUUGUCCUGAAGGAUAAGAUAGUUGUUUAUGAUUUAGCUAAUCAGCGCAUCGGCUGGAGGAGUUACGAUUGUUCUCAGUCUGUCAAUGUUAGCACAUCGCCUAGCAGGAACCAGUUCCUAAACACUGGACAAUUCAGCAUUAAUGGAGCAUCGCACAUCAUUUACCACAAACUGCUAUGGACUGCCACGGGAUUUUUGUUCUUGUUUCUGUUCUUUAUGUGAGCAGCUCACCAAGACAGCAGACCACACACAGAUGACAGAUAGAAUUACCUUCAUUCUCUUUAAACGCUAUUUGAUCUGUAUACAGAUGGUAUAGAUUGAUUCUUUUACUGAUGUUCUUAGAUGGAUAUUGCUGCCAUUUCUGUGUAAAUUUGAUUGUAAAGUGUAUCUGUCACGAGUUUAUACACGUUCAGAUGUU